GGGGGGGACCAGAGGCUGAGGAGCGCAGUUGACAGAUAUGAGACAUGAAUAUUCACGCGUUUUUCCCAUCCAGCAGCUGAUCGAAGCAAACAGCGCCUAGCUCGCGUGCUCGUUAGUUUUCCUGGGAUGCUGUGAUGCAGCAGCGUGGCUCUGUUCAGACGGAGACGAGGAGAAGAUGCCGUGGUCGCCUCUCACCGCAGGGCAGUGCGUUUCUGACGAGCCCAGCGGCAUGGAUUAACGCGCUCAGCCGCAACUUUCUCCACAGACCCGCUGCUUAGAAGCGCGUUUGUUCAUUUAUUAUUACUUAACCAGGCGUUUGCUUUGUGCUCAUUUAUUUCAUCGGAUCUUAGGAGGCGCUCCUGUAGGCGUGUGUGCUCCUAACAUUAAAAUCCUCCACAUGCAGGGAGGCCCAACGGUCGCGUAUGCAAAUCCAGGUCGAUAGGGAGACCCGGACGGCGGCGGCUGGCUGUUUGCUCUGGAAGUGUCACGGGGGAGUGUUUUGAGUCCAGCACGUUCCGUUUUUUUUCUCAACACGAACCUCAAAGGCAGCAGAGCAGACACGAGCCCGGAGGAGCGGAGAGAAACACUGUGUGGUUGCUGCAAGUCUCCAGAAAACUUUCAAUGGUUUUCCGAAAGUUGCCCGGUGUCUCGGCAUCGGGCAUGGGUCUGCGCCUGUCCCAGAAAUUCGUCUUUCUACUUUUCCUCUCGGGUUUGGUCACGCUGUGCUUUGGAGCCCUCUUUUUUCUGCCCGACUCCGUCCGACUAAAGCGCAUUUUUCUGUCCAAGACCGAGGUCCAGGCUGUCACCGUCGGGUCAGACAACGAUGUCAGGGAGCACCCGAAGAGACCCGGCAAGGAGCAGGAGCAUCUGCGGGGCAUGACCCCGGCCAAAGGGGACAGCAAGCAGAAGAGUCUCAGCCGCAAACCCUCCGUGUCUCACGAGGAGGCAGAGGCUGGGGGGAAAGCGCAGGAGGACAUGGCUCUGUCCAGAUCCAAGCCGGAGUCCGCCUCGGAGAAAGCCACCUCCGCUGACCAUCACGGUGCCAGCUCGGAUGCUUUCAGUUUCAAGAAGUUCCAGAAGUGUCUCCUCAAAGCUACGCUGGGGACAGACGGCGGCAGACCGGCAGACCCUCAGACCAACGAGCGCCGGGAGAAAGUUAAAGAGAUGAUGAAGUUUGCCUGGGACAACUACAAGCGUUAUGCCUGGGGCAAGAAUGAGCUGCGUCCAUUGACGAAAAACGGCCAUAUUGGCAACAUGUUUGGUGGCCUUAGAGGAGCAUCUAUCAUUGAUUCACUGGACACGCUGUAUAUUAUGGGACUGAUGGACGAAUACAACGACGCCAAGGAAUGGGUGCAGACCAGCCUGGACCUAAACUCUAACGGCGAGGCAUCGCUCUUUGAGGUGAACAUCCGUUACGUCGGCGGCUUGCUCUCGGCGUACUACCUGACAGGAGAGGAGCUGUUUAAGAGUAAAGCUGUGGAGCUGGGGGAAAAGCUACUGCCUGCCUUUAGCACACCGACAGGAAUCCCCAGAGGAGUCAUCAACCUGGGGAGCAGUGGGACCAGUUGGAGCUGGGGCUGGGCCUCAGCCGGGAGCAGCAUCUUGGCUGAGUUUGGGACUCUUCACCUGGAAUUUGUGCAUCUGACUGAGCUGUCGAAUAAUCCCAUCUACAAAGAAAAGGUGAUGAACAUCAGGAAGCUUCUGAAUAAGAUAGAGAAACCUCAUGGCCUGUAUCCAAACUUCCUCAGUCCUGUCAGUGGCAACUGGGUUCAGCAUCAUGUGUCUAUUGGUGGCCUCGGGGACAGUUUCUACGAGUAUCUGAUAAAAUCGUACAUUAUGUCGGACAAGAAAGACGAGGAUGCAAAGAAGAUGUAUUACAGUGCGAUGGAGGCGAUUGAAGCCAACCUGGUACAGAAGUCACCUGGAGGUCUCACCUACAUGGCUGAGUGGAGAGGAGGGAUCCUGGACCACAAGAUGGGCCACCUGGCCUGCUUUUCUGGAGGAAUGAUCGGGAUCGGGGCUGAUGACGGGGCGCCAGAGAAGAGGCAGCAUUACCUGGACCUCGCUGCCGAGAUCACUCACACAUGCCAUGAGAGCUACACCCGCUCAACUACAAAACUGGGACCUGAAGCCUUUAGAUUCGACAGCGGUGCCGAGGCUACGGCGACUAGACUGAGUGACAGAUAUUACAUCCUGCGACCAGAAGUCAUCGAGAGCUACAUGUACAUGUGGAGACUGACCCAUGACCCCAAGUACAGGGACUGGGGCUGGGAGGCGGUUGAGGCACUGGAGCAGCACUGCAGAGUGGAGUCUGGCUUCUCUGGGAUCCGUGACGUGUACACCAUGACAGUCAGCCAUGACAACAUGCAGCAGAGCUUCUUCCUCUCUGAGACACUUAAGUAUCUGUACCUGCUUUUCUCAGACGAUGACCUGCUGCCUUUUGAAGAUUGGGUCUUUAACACAGAAGCCCAUCCGUUGCCCAUCGUCCGCAAAAGCUGCAUGCAAAACGAAGCAACAGAGGAAACCACGGUCUCCGAAUAAUGCUGAACACUGAAGUACAGAGACAGUUAACACAAAUGCACAAUAAGUGUGCACGCACAGACUCACAGGCAUCACAAACACCUUAUUCAAUGAAGGUUCAGAGUCUUUUCAGGAGUGUGUUACUGACUCUUAAUUCCUUUCCAGUAAAGGAAAUUGUCGUUUUAUGCUGUGAUUGUAUAUCUUUCGCCAGGGUUGCUUCCUGCUGGCACUUCUUUUUUUUUUUUGUGGACAAUCAAAACAAAUAUGACUUUCAUGAAAAGAUCAUUUUUUUCUUUCUUCCUUUCCUCUGUGAGGAAACCAGUAUAACUUAGACCCAAAUGUACUGAAGGAGGUUUGAACUAUGGGCCAUAUUUUCCGAGAGCGAAAACCACUUUCCUUUUUCUCCUCAGUCUAGGUUUUCGUUAAUCUUGUGUGGGUAUUUUUCUGGUUUUCCUUCGUGGGUAUACUCUUUCGCCAAAGGUUUCUUUGUAUUUCCUAUUUUAACAAAAAGUUAAGAUUCAAAUAUGAACUAGAAAAAUGUACAGACGAACACGAAACGUGAGUCCACCUCCAAACUAUUUUGAUGUCAUGUUUCUUUCUGAAACAAGUUUGAAUGAAUUUUUUUAAAAAGGUCAUAGAUGUCAGGAAAGUGGGCCAUUUUAAAAAAACUAAAACAUGUUGGUUUGUGAAUCUGCUUUAUGAUUGGUUACUUUGUUCCAACAGGAAGUCCUCUCAGCCUUUCACAUUAAACUGGAGUACUCUCCGUUCUGUCACUGUAAAACAAGCUUAAAGGGUUGGGAUUAACAAACAUCUGAAGUUGUUUUUGUGUUUAAUUUCGUUUGGGUAGUCACUCUGCCUUCACAUGCAUCCAUUCGACUCUGACUCUGCAGAGACAGGCUUUUAUUUUUAUCACUGUUCUUUUAAUUGUUUCUCUUCUGCACAGUUACGGCGUGAAUGUGAUGUACAUACCGAUGAAGUGAGUGACACCUGUAUGACCUUGUCCUGACUUUUAUUCUGUCUUCAUUUUGUGUUUCUAUGACUUCAGUGGCUGUUUUGGUUUUCACUUGGUUUUCUUUUGAUUUGCUUCCCUCAGGUGUUUGAGUAAAAAAUGGAAAAAAAUUAUAAUUAAAAUCUUCGAAUUUUAAGUCUAGUUCUUUGCUGAUAUUAUUGUUAUUACUUAUUCUUACUGUUUGAUUUACCUUUGAUUGUUGAGUACUUUCAAAUACUGAUAAAAAUGUGCAACUUUGUACAUUUAAAAGAA